GGGCCCGAGCAAGAAUAUUUUUCCGUUUCACGAAAUAUCAGCACAUCGUUUACAAUAUUAGAAAUGUAAAAAAAUGGUUCAUAUGCAAAAAUAUCAAACGUUAAACAUUUUUGACAAUUAGAUGAAAUCGGGACUGACUUCGGGCCCGAUAUCGGGAUGUGUGGAUGUAAUUGGCUCUUAAGAGCGCUAUAAUAUGAUGGUAGGAUCAGGGCUAUAACCGCGAAAAUCGAAGUUCGUCAAUUGCGGGGAUUUUUCUCUGUCACCCUAAUUACGUCUUACUGAGAGUAAAAGAGAACGAUCCCGCAAUUUACGAAUUUCAGUUUUCACGGUAGACCCCCCAGGAUCCUAUUGAUGUGCCAUACCGCAAGAGCCCGUGAGGGAGAGAACCAAUUCCUAGUGAGUAUUGUAUUCUUUGGAGAGAACAUACGCAAUUCAACGAAAAACAACCUACGCAAAUAUAGUUAACGAUGUGCUGAUAUUCCGUGAAACAGAAAACGAUUAUCAUACCCGAAAUUGGGACUGAUUUCGGGCCCGAUAUCGGGAAGUGUGGAUGUAAUUUGCGCCAAAGUAUUUUUUACAUGUAAAAUAUUGUAAAAGAUGUGCUGAUAUUUCGUGAGACGAAAAAAUACUCUCACUCAGAACCGACGUCGGGCCUAUCAUCAGGCCCGUUUGCAUGUGGAUGUAAUUGGCCCAUGACUUCGGGCCCGAUAUCGGGAAGUCUGGAUGUAAUUGACUCAAUAAAUCUAAAAUUAAUGAUUAAAUUGGAGAUUGAUGACAAUUUCUUUUCUGAACAAAUCAGCCGAUUCGAUCAUCCUGUCUGGAUCAGAAUUUAAGGAAGAAUUUUUCCCGCCUUUUUACUGGCUGCAUACAUUAUUGUUAAAAAAAAACCCUGCUCUUGCCUACCCGAAUGUUUAUUUCAGGCAGUACGUAGUUGGUACGUAGUGAUUAUAUGCUCUUUGAUUUCAGGUGUCAAUCUUGAAUAAUUAAUUGUUCUUUUGAGUAGAAUUUAUUUCGCGACAUUAUAAAAAAAGAUUAGUAAGUGAUAAAUAAAAUGGCUGCACCCCAGGACGAUGACGAAGAGGAUCUAGUGUUCAACGUAGAAGAAGUCCAGAAAAUAAUUAGAGACACCAUAGAGCUUAUUCUUGGCGGUAACGUGUACAGUCAUUCGAGAACACCACAAUGGAUUGGCUUAAUUACAGAUAAAACAAUGGCAAGGAUUGCAAAACUUAAUAAACCCUUCAAGUAUAUCUAUCGAAUUACGAUAACCCAGAAAAAUGGUAGUGGUUUGCAUACGGCUGCAGCAUACUUCUGGGACACGGUCACCGAUGGGACAUGUACAGUACGUUGGGAGAACAAGUAUAUGUAUUGUAUUGUUAAUGUUUGGGCUUUAGCAUUGCAGAUUUAAAUUAAAUUCUUUAUUGCAUUGCUAUAACGCAUUAUUUUAGAUGAGUUCUUAAUAAUAUCGAAUCAUAUUAAGACUUACUUAGUCUUACGGUAGAUGUUGUGAUGCGGCUCCCUAAAAGGCAUGUAAGUAAGCAAAGAAGGAAGUGAUGGAAGGAUUCACACGGCUCGAGUAAGCUUCGGUGGCUCAGUUGGUUAGAAUUAUAGAGCCGAUUUCUUCUUUAACUAGGCAAUAUGAUUCCUGCGUGAACAUAUCGUUCUGUAUAUAUUUAGGACAAAAAAGGUCAAGCGAUGCUGUACAUUGGUUUCCAUAUAAUACAGUAAAUGUACAGGAUGGUUCAGGAGACGUAAGCAGGAUCAAGCCUGCGUAUUCAGUAACUAUUUCAUACCAGUAUUUGUGAGAUUAACGUUAAAUUACAUUUCCCUGUUCAAAAUGUUUAUUUUAUUUUAUUUACGACAUGGUCACCCUCUUUGUUUAAUCCAUAACAAGAUUAACAAGUGACAAAUUGGAUGUCAUCGGAGUCUGAUUACUUUUGAAAAAUAAUAGGUAUCUCACUCAAUUGUGACAUCUUAUUUUCUUCAUAAUCAAAAUGCUAUCAUAACGGUUAAAGAAGUUUUAUCUUUAUUAAUUAAGUGUUGUAGGGUGUCCAUGAUUAUAGAUAAUCAAAUUUGUCCUUAAAAAUAAGUUAGAUAACAGAUAAAGCGUAAUUGUUUUCCUUAAAUAUGACGGUCAACGAUUCAUUAACAUUUACUGAUUGUGUAGGCUUGGUCCUGCUCACGUCUCAUGAAUUUGCGUUUUGCGUCGAAUCCGAUAGUUCUGAUGCAGGCUUGUUCAUAUGAAUAAUCCAAGUUUGUGACCUCGAGCGUCGAACGCAACUUUGUCAAAUAUCGAGAAAACCGCGAAAAUGUGUUUUUAUUUAGAUUUGGGUGAUUAUAAUCCUAAAGCACUAGUUUUUUAUAGUACUUUUUCAAAGCGUUUUUAAAGUAGAUUAAAUUUGCUACAAUACGAGAGUUUCCGAGAUAAAGCCUUUCGAAGUUUAUAAUUUUUUCGACUUGAAUUAGUUUAGUAUUGAGUUUCGUAAGCAAGUGCAGAGAGUAUGUACUUUUGUCUCAGGCGAUGCCGCUUGGCACGAUUGUUCUUUAGGUCAAACAAAGUUGAUUUGGCCCGGUAGCCACGAGAUCGUAUCGUGCCUACCUCCCAAAAAGAGGGGGGAAAGAGUCGGCUCACCAGGUCCAAUAUAUGCUAUAUUUCUCCCUAGUCUUAGCAACUACGGCAAGUUAAUAUAUCAUUUUCAUAUAAUUGAAGGACGAAAAUAUUAUUUAAAUUCAUACUUUUAAUUAAGUGUUUAUUUUUACAUUUUUAAUCUUUGACUUUGGCCAUAAUUUCAUUAUGGAAGUCGUCACUGCCAUCCGCUACAUCUUUUUUACAAAAAAAAAUGCAUUGUGACCUGCUUUGAAGUGAUACUUUAUAGAAUAAGGAAAUGGGCUAAAUUUUGAAUUUAGUGCAAAUCACCAGCCUGUGAUUGUGAAGGCCGAAAUUGUCACAAAUAAAUACAUAUACAUAAUUUUCAUUUAUGUGCAAAAAUCAAAGAUAUAUAACUGGCCCUAGUGGCUGAGAGCAGGAAGAAAUACAGCAUAGAUUGGACCUGGUGAGCAGACUCUUUCGCCCCUCUUUUAUAAACUUUGAAAGGCUUCAUCUCGGAAACUGUUAGGUCUACAGACACAAUUCUAAAACGCCCGGAAAGGGUUAUAUCAAAAACUAGUCUUUUAGUGAUAUAAUCGCCCAAAUCUAAACAGAAUCGAAAUUUUCGCGGUUUUUUCGUUUUUUGACAAAGUGGCAUUCGGCGCUCGAGGUCACAAAGUUGGAUUAUUCAUUGAGCCAACAUCAUAAACAAGUCUGCAAAAUACCAGAACUACCGGAUUUGACGCAAACGAAACCCAUUACCCCCAGCUGUUUUUGUUACUAUUUAGAAAGAAAAAAUUACUACAUUUUUACAACACGAGGUUCAUGUUACAAGCCGUUAAUUACUUAUGGUUAGGCAAUUCUGCCAUAAGUAAAUGACUGAUAAAAGCGAUAAAGAUAUAUAAUUAGCCCCUUAGCUGUUCGGCUCUAAACUAUAUUAUACUUAUUCGAAAUUAAACAAGACAUAAAGCACA